AUGGAGCAGUGGUUACCUCCAAGCCACGAGAGCUCUGUCAACCUGAUACGGGCCGACGGCGGCGAGAUCUGGACAGUCCUCUCCCCUCGACGCCGUGCUAGAAGCCCCUCAAGACUCACGACGUUUUCCGAUGCCAAUGGACUGGUCUAUCUCGAUCCCCUUCCCGAACCCAUCAUGAAAGACCCGAGUCCGAAGAAAAGGGAUCCGUUGGCGGACAUGCUCCCCGACAGCUGGGAGCCAACUCAGAAACGUGACCCCGAUCCGGUCAAGGAGACACCACGACAGCCCGAAAAUAAGACCCAGCCUGCUGUCAAUGCCCAGACUCAGAACAGAACUCCUCUCUUCGCCGACGACCUGGCUCUCGACAUGCCAUGGAACUCUGUUUCUUCCCGCACGAAACCUACCAAGACCCGUCAGUCCCAAGCCAAACCAAAGGCCAAGCCCAGCAAAGGUGCUGGCUCAACCCCGCCCACCGAACCUGACAAGUCCACUGAUUCUACGUCCCCGCAUGAUGGCUCUGCUCUUCGGAGAUCUCCUCGGAUUUCCAAGCUCAUGGCUCACCAGAAGCUUCAGACUACUACUCCUCCUUCUUCGCGGUCUGAAGUCGAGAAGGACGGUCAGAAAUCGAAGAGUGGUUCAGUUCCCGCCAUACCCAGGAAGCGAAAAGCACAACCACAUGAAACCGAGACUUUGGAAACGAGUGGCUCGGAUACACACGACAAGAAACCAACAGGAUUGCCGGCUAAGCCUUCCAAGAUCCAACGCACUGAGCAAGCCAGUCCGGCCGAGGCCAAACCCCCCACCAAAGAGAGCGAGGUAGCAAGACCCAGGCCGGCAAACAAAGAGGUUCAGACUCCCGUUGAGCCCGAGGAGGAAGUCUUUCCCCAUGAUAAUAGAACUGAGAAGUACAACCCAGCAAGCAACAAGCUUCAGACUCCUAAUGAGCCGGAAGAGUCAGUUCUUUCCUAUCACAACAGAGUUGAAAAACAAGACUCGGCAACCACUGGAGUCCAAACUUCGAGUGAGCUGGAGGAGAUGCUGCAGCCCCUUCACGAGAGAACUCAGAAGAUCAAGACACCGCCCAUCUACCGAGACCAGGCAAUUCAGGCAUUCGGAUCCCAGACGACAUCCGAAGACGCGUUCCCUGCCAAGACAACUGUCAAUCUGAUGGCGGGCACACAAUAUGAGCAGAGGCCAUUUCGCAAGCAAGCAGCCCUCGUACAUGACGUGGUCAAUGAACUACCCAGACGUAUUUCAAGGGAGGCUGUCUCUUUGCCAGCUCCCAAAGACACUGUGCCUUCACAUAUGGCUCAUGCGUGGGAUAGGUUGGCUCAGAGGGGACCCCAACACCAGACUCUCGACCUCAAACUGGCGCAGGAAGCAGUUCCCGUAUUCCAUCCUGCCAAUCAUGGACAAGAACAUCAUAAUGUUAACUCUGAACUCUCGAGUUCUCCCUUGUUUAUGGAUCAAGGUCCUGUUUAUGAUGGUGACCAAGAACCUGGAGCAGCACCAUGGCCGCCUAGGAACAUGUUCCGCAAUGGCUUGGAGACCUAUGAAGGCCAAGUUUCGCACCGCAACACAGCUUCCACACUACGCAAACAGCCGUCUCACAACCGGUUGCCUGUUCUGGCUUUCGCUCAGCAUCCUGAUCUCGCCUACUCGCUGCCACAUGCUGCCGAUCUUACAAACGAGUUUCGAGGAAUGCCAGCUCAGCGCCCGCAAAGCCAAGGGAGUGCUUCGGCGUCUUCAGAGCAAAGCAGAGAAACAAGCCCGGAAGAGGUCUGGAGGAGAGAGACAGUGGAUGACUCCACAUUUGCGAUUGUGCACAAAAUAGGGAUGAUGUUACAUCGCGCACUCAAGCCGAGAGAAGAAGUCGUUGACGACAUAAUCAAGGAUUACCUGGAGAAUUCAGUGCUGCUACUUGAGCAGAUGAACACUUGUCAUGAAACUGAAAGAGAAACCACUGUUGACAAUCACGAAGCGGCAACCCAAACCUUAUACUCCCUGUUCGACACAGCCUGGCAGGAUAUCCGACACCUGCAAGAACAACUGCAGUCAUUUGACAUCUCGAAGAUACUGGCCAGUACCCGCAAGCCUGCAUUUGGCCAGAAGAUGCACAUGUUGAACCGGCUGUGCGACGAGCGCCUUAGCAAGUACAUUGAACAAGCUUCCCGCGCGACAACCGGCGAUGAGGAUUCAGUCUCCAGGAAGGGUGACCUUGUGGAGUUCUUCAAGUCACAACUUCACGAACAGAUUGGGCAUUCUGAUGCUUUGACCACGAAGCUCCAGAUAAUCGAUGCGGAAGCAGACAUGUUCAUCGAGCGUCUUCGCAACGAUGAGAUAGGCUUUCCGAGCAGGCAGUCUGAUGCACAGCAUAUUAAAGACGACCCAAAGACGACUUCUCAAGCUAUGGAGCAGGCCGCUGACGCGCUGAUCGGUUCGAAGCAGAAGCAACCUGCUCCAGAUGGCGAGGCACUGCUUGGCAGUUCUCAGGAACCCAUCGAGGUGUCGUCACACUAUGACUCGGACAGUGAUUACGUUGACUGA